GGGGGGACUGGCACCCCGAUUUCCUUAAUUCCCUUGCGUGAGGGUUUGGAUGAGCAGCUCUUCCUGGCGGGGGGAACACGGUGUCCUGGAGCUCUGCCCGGAACGGGAGCGGGGGCGACGCUGGGAAUUGCCCCACCGGGCCAGGGAGCAUCUUCCCAGCCCGCGCAGCCCUACUUCCCGCCCCUCCCCGGGUUUUGGGGGGCUGUCCCCUCCAUCCCCCCGUGUCCCCCCUGGGCUGGGCGGUGCCCCGGGGGGGGAUGCCGCAGUCGCUGACGUCACGGCGCUCAGCCAAUGGGCGCGGGUUCUGGCGGGGUGGGGCGGGGGCGGCCCCGGUGGGGAGCGGGGCUGCUCCGGGGGGUCCCGGUGCCCCCCGCUGUCCUCAUGCAGGGCAUGGGGAGCCUCCGGCUGGGCAGCCGCGCCGUCAUGUACACGGCGGAGACCCUCCCCAAGGGCAAGAACCGCGUCAUGGGGACCAUCCAGAUUAUGACAGGAUUCCUGCACAUCGGCUUCGGGAUCGUCCUGACCACGCUCACCAAUGUCUACACCUCGGUCUUCGUCAUCGGAGAGAUCCCUUUCCUGGGCGGCGUGUCGUUCAUCAUCUCCGGGUGCCUCUCCAUCGGCGCUGAGAAGAGCCCCACGGAAUGUGCGGUGAAGGGCAGCCAGACCAUGAACGUCAUCAGUGCCAUCUUUGCGCUCCUGGGAAUCGUGGCCUUCAUCGUGGACCUCAACCUCAACGGGCUCUACCGCUCCAGCUUCAACUACUACAGCUAUCUCGUCCUGCUCGCAGGGAAUGGGAUUUCCAUCGUGCUGCUCAUCUUCACCAUCCUGGAAUUCUGCAUCGCCGUGGCCACCGCCAAUUUCUGGUGCCGGGCCACCCGCCUCAGCUCCAACGAGGCCAUGCUGAUCGUCCCCAGUGCCACCCGUGUGGAUCUGGCCGUGCCACCGGCGGAGCUGCCUCAGCCUCCCAGCUACAGCGAGGUGAUCCCAGGAAUAGCCUGGCUAGGAGCAGAGUCAGCACUGGGAUGGCUCCUGGGAUGGCAGCCCCCAUCCUACUGUCAUCACUGUCUCCUCCCUGGGAAAACUUCCCACCCCAAUCCUCAGGGAGCAUCCCGGAGCAUCCAUCCCUCUGCUCUGAGAAUGGGGAGGAGAUCCCAAACCCCCAUGGGUGGUGGGUGUUGGGGGUGGGGUCCCCCCAAAUCCUGCCCCCUUUCCAAAACACCUGCUGGUCUCUUUGCAGCUGGCUGCUCCUGAAGUCUGACACCGAGGCUGUUGGAAUGGGAUCCUGCCUCCAUCGCUCCUAAAUCCCAGGGCUACGGCAUCCUCCUCCCACUGUGCUGCUGGCUGGGAUGUGCUGGUCCCCCCCAAAAGCCAGGGACACCCCCAAAUUCCCUGCCCCUCUGCCCCUGGGCCUGGUCUGAGGGGCUCCACUUGCUGGCUGCUAUGGGAAGGGGCUUCUCCAAGGGGGAAAUCUUGGGCAAUUCCUGCCUGUAAAUCCCUGGUGGGAUGCUGGGGUUCGCUCAUGUUGGGGUUCAGGAAUUCCUGGUGGUUUGGAGUGACCCCAAGGUGUGCCGGGAGCUGGGCGGGUCACCGGAGCAUCUACCUCGGCUCGUCCCCUGUUGGCUUCAUUUUCUCUUGGGAAUAAAUGCUCUCUCCG